UCAGCAGCGGCCCCCUCAGAAGUGCCACCUCAGAAGUGCCACCUCAGCAGGUGCCACCUCAGCGGUGACAGGUCAGCAACAGACGAAGACCAGAAUCCUGAAUGCAUCGCAGUCCACGGCUUGCUGAGCGUGAAUCCACAGGAGCAAAACCCCAAAAGGGACCUAAGAUCCCUCGGAUCCCGUGCAGACGACGCACGACCAUGGCCGCUACCGCUGACGCCAAUGCUCGAGCCAGCCCCACGAGGCCGUUUGCCCCUCCUAUACCAGUUCAGCAAGCAGAUGAAACGCAGCUAGCGUUUCUCAAACGUCUCCAGCAUUAUUCGGAGACCACUGCAGCUGAACUGAGCAAAUUGGAAGAGGAGGAAGCCGCCCGGCAGCAGGAAAUCAAACGUCAGUUGGCAGAGGCAGAGCCAGCGUGUCAGCAGGCCGCAGCCGAAGCCGCAGCAGCCGCACGGUUGCAACAGCAGCAGGUCGAGGCAAGUCAGAAUCAAGCUCGUUACCAGGCCACCAUGGAUCUCGCAAAAGACGAAGCCACAUACGGCAGACUACUUCGAGGACAACAUUUCCAAGCAACCGAAGAGCAAGAAGGGCCGACCGAGGAAGAGAGCGACAAGGAAUCCACAGCAGUAUUGAUGGAAAACCUGUUGUACACGUGCAACUGGCAGCAACACGAAUUGCUGGCCAUGCGGCAGAUCUUCAUCUGCUACGAAGCAACGUUUCGGACGCAGGAACAGAAGAUCACCGCCGUGCAGAACGCAAACAGCCAGCAGCAGGCCAUCAACGACCAGGUGCAGACCACUAUCAGCACGGGGUUGGCACAAUUGGCUGCAGUUGAGUCCAUGGGCAGUGCAGUGGCAGACUGCAGCCCAACUUUGGCCUCGCAGGCUAAGCAACUCAGGCUCGAGGAGCGGAUCAACCACGUGGUAGCCUCCCUCGGCGACAUCAACAUGUUUGCUGGAGCAUCGACAAUCAGCAAUCAGUUGUAGACGCUCAGCGACCGUGUUCAGCAACGACCGGCCGCUGUCGCCAAGGAAUGGAAGAUGCCAAACUUCAAGAUCG